UGAAAGUCACUAGAUGGCAGCAUUGCAGCUCAUUUAAUUAAUCUCAUACUAGUACAGUGGUUUGUACAAAUAAAUAAAUAAAUGUUACCAGGCCUAUAUCGUAUCAGUUGAUAUUGAAAUAGUAAGUGUUUGGACAAUAUCGACAUAUUGGAUAUCGGUAAAAAGUUAAUAUCGAACAUCCCUAACUGAAACCACUAGGGGAGCAUGGGAAUAGGUUCUUGUUCAAGAAUCCACAGCCGAUCCGGUUCUCUUGCUCUCUUGCUCUCUUGUUCUGUUUCUGACAGCAGAGAAGACGAGUGUGUUAUUGUUCAAACACAGUGGUUUGUUGCUGCAGGGUCCACUGGCCCGGGCCGCAGUUUGAAGUGAAACUUCCUGGAAAGUCAAGCUGUGGGCCUGUUUACUGGGGAUGUUUCUUUUCCCUCUGAGGUGUGGUCCACUUCCUCCACACAGAGCAGUACAGAAACACACUCUGUCUGCUGCUGGCGGAUAAGUUACUGUGACUGAGCUCAUUCCCCACUGAGACUGAUACUGUACAGAACUGUCACAUUUCCAGGCCUGCAGUAACAGACACCACACCGUGGAGGGCAGAAACACCGCUGGGAUCCACAGCUCCGUUCACAUCACUUUGACUUUUCCUGUCUACCUUCCAUCAGAUAUCAACAAAUGGCAACAGUGAUAUUAUUUGUGCAAAAUGUUUAGAUGUUGAAUCAGAUGAAAGUACUUUUGUACUUUUUUUAAAUACUAAAGGUAAUUAUUUCUUGUUGCUUUUGACUUAUUACACUGGAGCUCCAUUUCGAAUUUAUUUAAUUCCAUGCAAAACCACAAUCGCAGUUACAAGAACGAGCCACUAGAGGGAAGCACAACAAAAUGAAUGCCAGUGUCCUGAUAUCUGUCGUGUUAUUGUGCUGUCCUGUAUUUGUAACCAUGAUGGUCACACAACGGCAUCACUGACAGCGCCAUUACCAACAUGAAGCCAACUUCAGCAAAGCCUAGGAACACGUUACACACUUGAACUUUACUAGCUGUUAAACGAAUGGACUACAACGGUGACGUUGUUCAUUGAUAAACCGAGCACAGCAACGACAAACCUCAGGAUGUCUAUUAUUUAGGGAACAGUGACACCAACAGGUAGACUGGUACUGUGCAUCUGCCCCAAUUCGGAAGCAGUGGUGGCAAUAAUUACGUAGCAGCGGGACUGUCGCUGUUUAACUGUUGCAGCUCCUGCUUAAAGUACCAAUGCUAACGAUAUGUUAACUACUACUUGGGAGCAUAAAACAGAGAGUGAGUCCACAUUCAUGGACAACAAACUCCAUCAGGUCGGUGUCUGGAGCUGCAUUUCCAUAAAAACAAAAUAAAAUAAAAAAUCAAAGCCCAAAACUGAAUUGGGAUUCACACCGGAGCACACACUCAAGUAAGGAGUGUGUGUUUAUAUGUAAACAGAAGUGGCCCACAGAGAAUCUAUUCAUGCAGUACACACGCACACACUACAGGCAUGUGUGUGAUGUAAAGUAGGUGUGAGCCCUGGCCCGGCAGACUGUGGUGUGUUUUCCUCUCCUGGACGGCUCACAGGAAAAGGGGCAGUGAUUUUUGGGGAGCGGAGACGUACUGAAACACAGUAUUGUGUUCUUCAGGCAGAGGGCGGAGGAAAAGUAGGAGUAGGAGAAGGAGUAGCAGCAAACGAGUCCAGAUGAACACCAGGCACCGACCCGCUCUCUGGACUGAAUCAGUGUUUGGAUCCUGUGUUUAUAACCUGCACCAGGAGCAGUGGACGCUGGCAGAGAGGCACCAUGAUCGACUACGAGCGUCCCUGUCCAUUAGGCUUCGAGCUGGCUGGGAGGAGUGUGUUGGUUCCCGAGUACUCAGCACACACAUACACACACACUCUGACUGCCAUGCCACUACGAUACUCCCAUCAAAGGAGGAAAGCAAGUACAGCGGCUUCUCGCAGGAUGGAAAGGAGACGCAGAGAUCAAGGGAAAACCGACCAACCAACAAGUGGCCACAACCAGCGCUCCAAGAAGCUGGAACUGCUGUCGAGGUCCCUGAUGCUGUGUCACUCCAAGACUAAGGAUGACUGUGCAGAAGAGAGGAAUUCAGUGGGAGGAGGGACAGAAAAAUGGAUGCAAACAUCUGGCUGGAGGACAGACCUGACCGCUGGAGUUCCAGUGGGAUUCAGGGACACGGGGAACGGACACUUGAAGAUGAACCUUCAGCAGUCAGCCUCGGGGAAACGAGGGGGUGUAAAGGUGGACAAUCGGCUUCAUCAGAACCUGGCGUUUAAAGAGAAAAGGAGCUUGAGAAGAUCCUUCAGCAUCAAGGAGAGCAGUAUCUGGAGGAUGUGUGUUGCCACUGGUCCUUCAGAGGAGGUGUCCACACCACACAGGGCUGAGGACAUGGUCCGGACUGUGGACAGGGACAGUAACAGGGAGGCAGAGAGGAACGAAAGAAACACAUACAGGAGCUGCAGCUUCCCGAGUCCAGACCAGCUGGCACCUUUUAACGGACACGUUGUAAACGGCAGCACUUGGAUGGUAGAGCAGGAGGCUCUGAGAAGUGUUCACAUUAGAGCCUGUAGUGAGGUAAGAGCAGUUACAUGUUAAUGUUGUUCCUCUCGCUGUGGCUGGUACUCUGAGUAUUCACCCACUCAUCCCACACACUUGGAAACCAAUCUGAGGAGCCAGUACAGGAACACAUAGACCAACCUAAACAGUACCCACUCUUUGGAGUGCCAGGAAAUGGAACAUAAAGAUUGUGCUGAAUCCUAUAUAAAUGAAAUAAAAAAAAGAAUGACCCUUUUUUAAGGACUACUGUAUGUGUCACACCCCAAAAAAAGAUCAUUAUGAAGAAAAAAAAAAACUACA